UAUCGUUAAUUAUUAAAGCAGCAGCGGCCCCUAACUUGUAAAUAUAUUCUUUUUCUUCUCAACUUGCUCUCUUCUUACUCAACCCCUUCACCAAAAGAAAAAUUGAUUUUCCAUUUGAGUGCUCUAUCGACCAACCCCACCUCCCAUCCAUCUUCUUGUUUUUUUAUGUGUUGUUGGCAAGCUGAGAGUAAAUUCUUGAUAAAUAUUUUUGUAGGUUUUGAAGUUUGUCCAUUUUUUGUGUUGUAAUUGGGAAGAGGGAGGAAAAAGAAAUAUGUUAGGGAGGGAGUGUUGGUGUUGGAACAAUUUAUCUGAUUAUUACCCUGCAGUUGAACCGCAGAAAUUUUCUUUGCCUUUACCCCUUCCUAAAUGGCCUCAAGGCAAAGGUUUUGGUACAGGAAGAAUAUGUUUAGGGGAAAUUGAAGUUGUUCAAAUCACCAAAUUUAAGAAAAUUUGGGGUUGCAGCGCAUCCUUUGGAAAAUCAGACUGUGUUUCCUUUUAUAAACCAGAUGGAAUUCCAAAAGGAUAUUAUAUCCUUGGUCACUACGGUCAGCCAGAUGGUGAGCACAUAACUGGCUAUAUUCUUGCUGCCAAAGACAUAUCUGCUGUCAAAGAUUCAGCUUUAAAGCUUCCGGCUCUUCAAAAGCCUCUGAACUACACCUUAAUUUGGAGUUCAGACUCCCAAUACAAUGGAAGUGGUUAUAUUUGGAUGCCAAAUGCACCAGUUGGUUAUAAAUCUAUAGGAUUUUUGGCUUCUGUUGAGCCUAAUGAACCUGAUUCUGAUGAAGUUAGAUGUGUCCGAGCUGACCUGACGGAAAAUUGUGAGGCCUCUGAAAUGAUGUUUAGUUCAGAUUCCCUUUUCCAAAGGAACCAAUUUCAAGUUUGGAAAACUAGACCCUGCAAUAGGGGCAUGCUUUGUGCAGGAGUGUCUGUUGGGACGUUCUUCAGUAGUACAAGCUUCAGUCCUGGAGAUGAACUUGAUAUUGCAUGCUUGAAAAAUCUCGACUCUUCUCAACACGCAAUGCCCAAUCUUGAGCAGAUCCAUGCCCUCAUCAAGCACUAUGGACCAACAAUGUAUCUCCAUCCAGAUGAGAUUUAUUUGCCUUCCUCAGUUCCAUGGUUCUUCAUGAAUGGAGCUCUCCUUUACAAAGAUGGAAAGAAUAAUGGUACAGUCAUCAACUCAAAAGGCUCAAACUUGCCUGCCGGAGGGGUAAACGAUGGUCAAUAUUGGCUCGAUUUACCAAAUAAGGAUGAUGCAAAUAGAACCAGCGUCAAAUGUGGGAAUAUUGAGAGUGCAGAGCUCUAUGUUCAUGUUAAACCAUCUUUAGGAGGAACCUUCACAGAUAUUGCAAUGUGGAUAUUCUGUCCUUUCAAUGGACCGGCUACCGUCAAAAUUGGAUUGUUGAGUUUUGCUUUGAAUAAAGUCGGAGAGCAUGUUGGCGAUUGGGAGCACUAUACACUCCGUGUCAGCAACUUUUCUGGUGAGCUUUGGGGCGUGUAUUUCUCGGAGCAUAGUGGUGGUGAAUGGGUAGAUGCCUGCAACUUGGAGUUCAUUGAGGGUAACAAGUCGAUUGUAUAUGCAUCAAGACAUGGCCACGCAAGUUUCCCACAUUCUGGCUGCUAUCUUCAAGGCUCUUCUAAACUCGGGGUCGGACUGAGAAAUGAUUGUGCCCGUAGCAAAUACUAUGUGGACUCUAGCAGCAAAUAUAAAAUUGUAGCUGCUGAGUACCUUGGAGAGGGAGUUGUUGCAGAACCACCAUGGUUGCAGUAUAUGAGGGAAUGGGGUCCAACCAUCAUAUACGAUGGGCGAUCAGAAGUGGAAAAAAUAAUCAAGCAUCUUCCAUUUUUCAUGAGAUUUUCAAUGGAGAGUCUCAUUGAGCUAUUUCCAACUGAACUGUAUGGUGAAGCAGGGCCAACAGGACCAAAGGAAAAGGACAAUUGGUUGGGGGAUGAAAGAUGGUAGCCGGUAGGUGAUUUGACGUCGUGUUUUGGUAUCCCUAUCAUAGCUGCUCACGUCCCAAAUGUACAUAGCACCCCUAUGAAUUGGUCUAUUUCACACCAUUUCUUGCAUAUGUCGGAUGUGUGAAAGCUGCUUGAGUAGCAACACUGCAAUAGGGGGUUCAAAUGAAAAACCUUUUUUGGCAGCUGUCUAAAAAGUAUUGCUCCUACUGAUUAAUUAUCCUAUUCCCAUGUAAAUUGCAACAGCAAUCAUAAACUUUCCAUGAUUAAAGUUGUCUCGACAGUAGUCUAUUACACGAUCAACAAACUAA